GCCGGGGCAGGGUCAAAUUGGGAGCAAUGGCGACGGAACCUGGCUGUAGGUAAGUGAUUUUUUUUGGAAAAGGUGGAGGUGUGAGGCAACAGAUCACCGGGGUCAGGCGGGACACAGCUCCGACAGGGGUGGAAGAUUGGCGUCUCCGGCACCGACCUGACUACGAAUUGGAACGUCAGACGUCCUUAUCCUCCCAUCCGGGGUAGAGAGCCUCAGUUUCUCUCGGCUGUAGAAUGGGGACAAGGCUCCAGUCUGAAGCCCUAUUGGAGGAAACCUUUGGAUGGAGCAUUGCAGUUACGAGAGUUCGGAGAUAGACCCACCUUUGGAUCACAACUCCCAGCCUCUGGCCGGUGGGGAGUGUUUGGGCCUCAUCAGAUAGAAGUGUCCCACCUCCCCCAUGGCCCUGAUUAUGCUGAAUGAGCUCCCCCUGAAGGACGAAAACCCUGCCACGCUGCUGAACCAGCUGAGCAAGACUGCCCAGAUAGAGACCUUCAACUACCAGAGCAGCUCCAUGCACGGGGUCUUUGCCCAGUACCCGGAGAUCCUAUUUAUCCAUCGGACCCAUCACCCAAUGGGUAAGGUGCUGUAUACCUUCCUGGUGGAUGGGCCUCGGGUGCCGCUGGAGGAUCCCUUUGCCCGGGCCGUCUACUUCGCCAUCCCCACCCAGGAGGAUGCUGAAGGCCUGGCCCAGAUGUUCCAGGUGUUCAAGAAGUUUAACUCUGCAUGGGAGAGCGUCUGUACCAUCCUGGUGGACCCCCACUUCCUCCCGCUGCCCACCCUGGCCAUGGAGUUCCCGGCCGCGGAGGUCCUGCUCUCCGCCUUCCACAUUGGGAAGUUCCUCCAGGGCCAGUUCUACCAGCUGUCCCUGGAGUGCUCGCUCAAGAAGUUGCUCCUGAGCAGCCUGCAGAGCACCCUGUGCUCCGCCACGGCCAGCAACCUGAGGAAGCUGCACACCAUCCUGAGCAUCUGCAUCCCGCCGGCCCAGCUGCCAGGGCUCCACUUGCACUGGCUGCUCAGCGACCGCAUCUGGCUGGCCCACCGUUGGCGGAGCCGUGCCCAGAGCAGCCUCUACUUCCAGGGCCUGGAGGUCACCGCCCGCACCCUCAGCCAAUUGUACGGCACCCUGAUGCAUGUGGAACAAGGUGUCGCCGCCCUGCUGCAGUAUCUGCAGCAGAACUCUGGCGACAGGGCCAGCUGCAGCCCGGGGCUGAGCCCCCAGAAUGGCACUGCCCUCUCGGACCCCGGCCCCUUGAGCUCCCCCAGCGGGGCGCAGCUGGUGGAAUCCCGCAUCCAGUACUCCCUCAGCGCCAUCUGCACGGAGCCAGCCGCACAGCUCUGCCUGGGGGAGUAUGCCGUCGUCCAAAAGUCUGUGCACCUCAUCGGUUCUGGCUCCGAGAAGGUGAAUGUACAGAUCCUGGAGGACACCCACCGGGUGCAGCCCCAGCCCCCGGCCAGCUGCAGCUGCUACUUCCACCAGACCUUCCGCCUGCCCUGCCGGCACAUCCUGGCUGUCCUCGGUGCCCACCGCCAGGUGCUGCAGUCCGACGCCCUGCCGGCUUCCUGGGAGGCGGGCCGCACUGCAGGUCUCGAAGGCAUCCUGGGCAGCCAGUGGAGCGAGCCACUGCAGAAGCGCCUAGUGGUUGCCCUCCUCUCGGGGGAGGUGGGCCGGCUGCUGCAGCACUGCAGCCAGGAGGAGUUUGAGCGGCGCUACAGCACCCUGCGGGAGCUUGCUGACAGCUGGAUUGGUCCCUAUGAGCAGGUCCAGCUCUGAGCACCCAAGACAGCCAUGUUCCCCUCCCCACUCUCACGCCCCUCAGGGUGCCCUUGGGCCAGCACUUUCAGAAGGUAAAACAAGUCCUCCCUGGAGCCAGCUGCACUGAGAGAGGAUGCUGAGGGCCCUGACGUGCUCCCUACUUCCCUACCCAGAGGUGACUCACCUGAUCCAUCUCCCCGGAGGGAGCAGGCCUACAAGAAGGCUUCACCGGAGAAGAUCCCCAUCCCCCACCCGGGACUGAUUAAAGUUGGCUGGUGUCCAUCCAGCUUUGGUGCUUCA